AUGAAGGCCGUCACGAGGAGCUCGUUUCUGUUCUCACGAUCUCCCUCUAAGAAGCUGGAAGCAGAAGAAGACGAGCGUCUGCACGUACAAACUGGAACUGGAGAGGCUGCUGGACAAGAUGAGAACGAGCUGAGCAUUCGUGGUGCCGAAUUGAGCGACGUUGCAGCACCUAACGUUGAAGUGCCGAGCGAACGUAAGAUCGAGGGGUUUCUGGUGUUUCGCAAGCGCAUGCGUCAACGACGGUAUUGUAUUUUACAAGGUGACACGUUGCUUGUGUUCAAGACCAAGCCGGGCGAUGCAAUGUCACCUAGUGCCCCGAAGAAACAGAUUAGUGUGGUUGGUGUCAAGGAUGCGAUGGAGCUUGAAGCGAGCGUACGAGUAGCGCUGCUCGGGGCAUCGGUCAGCUACGACAACACGCUUGUUAUCAGCUCGCACAAGUCGAAACUGGUUGUGGUUGAAGCCGACACUCUCACCGAGAAGGAGCGCUGGUUGCACGCUUUGUCUACAAUCCACGUCAACUGUGGCGACAGCGAGAAGACUUUCUUCGAGUCUAUUUUGUCGGCGGAUACCUUCGGUGCCCACAUGGCUGUAGCAUUGCUGCACAAGUAUCGCUCCAAUACGGUGGCAACAGAACUGGUGCUGGAUCGCUUGGCUUCCUACGCAGAGAAAAAUGUCGACGAUGUCGAGUUCUACAUCCAACAGAUCGUCCAUCUGACCGUCAAUACCGAACUGGUAGCAACGGAUAAGUUGGUGAAUCUGCUUCUCUCGAUCUGCCGGGCGAAAGCGUACGUCGAACACCUCGGCAACUGCAUUCACUUGGCCUUGCAGCUCUUCUGGCUUCUGGAAGCCAAGAUCGCCGACCAUGAUCCGAAGACGUACAAUUUGUGCGCCAAGCUCCUCAUGUCCAUUGAAGCUAAAGUCGUCAAUCAGCAAUUUGAAGUGCCCAGCACGCAGACGGCAGAAGAUGUCACUCGACGACUCAUGGAUAUCCCUCAGAUGAUGGAUAAAUUGGAGCAAGUGUCUGUCGAAGAGGAAGGAGAAGCUCACGGCAAGGACGAGGAAUUGGCAUCAGCUCAACUCGAGACAGGAAGUGCACCCAUGACGCCUAGCAAGUCGGCAAGUCAGCCUGCACUGCUUUUGCAGUGGAUGGAGAAGGAGCGUAAGAAGCGCUACAAGUAUUUCCACGAGCAGCGAGACUUCGUGAAGGCACUUACAGAUAUUUCGGAACGCAUGCGCGCAGUUGACCCACCCCAGAACCGUAAGAAGCUUCUUCCUGGAGAGCUGAAAGCGCUGGUGGUCCCAGACAUGGCGUACAUACCUCUCGGUCGUGUGUCGGAUUCGUUUUGUCGCAUUACUCGUGUACUCACUGACGAAGGCACAGUAUUCUCUACCCACAGUCGAGCGCCGUGCUUGCUCUGCUUCGAGGUGAUCGAAGACCAAGUCAACUCUGCUGGUCAACGCAAACUCUCAACAGAACUGAAGAAUCCUAGUGACAUGCUCCGUAAAUCCGCAUCGGACCCAGGUCUGACCAGCCUAGAAGCUGAAGUUGCCCGUCUCGUCAAAAAAAUUGCCAUUAAUGGGCAACUUAUCUGUGUUGAGAACGCGUUAAGUCCCCAUGAGAACGAGGACGAUGGCGCUGAUACUGAAGGUAACCGUGACGAUAUCGACGCGACUGACAGCGUUGAGGCGCCUGUUUUCCCUUUGCAAAGUGGCUUGAAUUCUCCAACAACCACAGUGACGUCCGACGAUUCAAUGGACUCGACGUCUGAGCUGAGCAGAGAAGACUCGCAGCAGCUGAAUGUCAUUCGCGGAUACUCCAAAACAGCAUACGAAAUGGGUCUCUCCAAGCUGCUCAGUGCAAGCGAGGUCUUUGGUGAAGGCUGGGAAGCGAAGAAGGAGCGGAUUCGCGCAUCAUCGCCGCAUGGCCAUUUACCCGGAUGGAACGUCAUCUCACUGAUCUCCAAGAGCAACGAUGAUAUUCGACAGGAGGUUUUCGCGAUGCAGCUGAUCACCACGUUCCAGAACAUAUUCCACGAGAGCGGUCUUCCAUUGUGGCUACGUCCGUAUCGAAUAGUGUCCACGGGUCGUACCAGCGGCUUGCUCGAGACGAUCACAGAUGCGCAGUCGUUGGAUGGCCUCAAAAAGAGGGGCGACUACGCAGGCUUGCGAGCUCACUUCGAGAGAACGUAUGAUGUUGGUGAUGCCUUCAAGAAGGCCCAGCGUAACUUCUUGCACAGUCUCGCUGCCUACUCCGUGGUGUGCUACUUGUUGCAGAUCAAAGACCGUCACAAUGGAAACAUCAUGCUGGAUACAGAAGGCCACCUCGUGCACAUUGACUUCGGCUUCAUGCUCGGCAUUGCUCCAGGCGGCAACUGGAGCUUUGAGACGGCGCCUUUCAAGUUAACCAAAGAGAUGGUGGCAGUGCUAGGUGGCGUGUCGUCCCCACUAUUCGGCGAGUUUGUGCAGCUGGUGGCGUUAGGAUUACUAGCAGCUCAGCGUCAGUCUGAUCGAGUCGUGGCGCUGGUCGAGAUUAUGAUGCACAACUCAACCUUCCCAUGUUUUCAGGGACGUGACGUGUCUCGAGAUCUACAGAAGCUUCGCAAUCGCUUUCUGCUUCAGUUCUCCACCGAGAAAACAGUCAAAGCGGUCGUCAAGAUGAUUCGUGUGAGCUACAAGAACAAGUGGACGAAGCGCUACGAUCAGUUCCAGAAGAUCACGAACGGCAUCGUACCGUAGGAUUCAUGUGCAUCAGCUUCACCAAUUACUACUUCCUCUGGUCGGAAAUGAUCACGCGAAGUUAGUAUGAUAGGUCUUUCAACUGUUCAAUCCUCGAUAGAAAUUUGAAAAACCUAUCAUACUAACUGACACGUCUUUCAACUGCUCUAUCCCCGAUAGGAAUGCUCUUCAGUUUGUCACGUACUUCGUCUCGAUUCUUCCGCUUUCUGCCGCUGUUCUUCUUAAGCCGGUUAAGUCACUCACCCCUACGACACCAGCCGUCAUUGCAGAGCUGUACAGCUCCAAUUAACUUCACGGUGUCCGGAAGUCGGCUCAUAAGAACAUCAAACGCUUCACGGGGUAGUUCUCUGUUGUUGCUGAUCUUUAGAAGCUCGUCAAUGACGGCUUUUGCGCUCGUUGUCGAUAAGGUUGGACUUCGGCAUGUUUAUAGAAGAAGAAACAGCGUAGCGCAGGCGUGGCGGGUCGCACUCCAGGCGAGGCUUGAAACCUUGAG